AUGCAGUCUCUUCGACUCAAUCGUGUUUUCUUAUCCGCCAACCCCCUCAACAUAGAGGUUUUCCGCAAGAUCGCAUCACACGACAAGUUCCGCCAUCAGGGACAUGAAUUGCUGUCGGACGAGGAUAAACCCGAUGAUGACAGAGAAUGGGUUGCGGCAUGCCGCCCUCAAUCCAGAGAGUGGAUUAACGAGCGCCAUGAGGAAGAGGAGCGGGACUUGUGUCCCAAAUGGUUCAAACACGCUUCUCGGGAUAACUAUCUCUAUCUAGAGAGGCGGGAACUUCGUGAUGAGGACAGGCCCGACCUUAUCGCGCGCCGAGAGCUGGUUUUCGCUCAGUUUUCACUGGAGAAGAGCUUCAAACAUUAUCGGCGGUUGCUGCGUCAACAGAAGCGCGUUCUUGCCGGUCGGAGUGAUUUGGAAGCGUUCGCGUUCGGAGUUAAGCAGUUUCCUGCUCUAAAGAGAGUUACCAUCACACCUGCAGCCCACGGCGGCCUCAACAACCCGCUUUACCAAACCCCUAUGAUUCGUGCUUUUCCGGACGGGUUCAAUUACCCUGUUCCUCGUGGUUGGCUGUACUGUAGAGGCGGCUAUGAGCAAACCGCUAAAUCAUAUUCAUGGAAUCAGUACCCAGAACUUAAAGAUCGGUACCGCGGGUUCCGCACGGCAAUGCGCGUCCUCGCCAACGAACCAAACUCUGUUUUCGAGCUGGUGAUGACUUCUAACUCUAUCGCCACGGGGAUCAACUGCACCAUCUUCGACGAACCCCGCGAAGAGUACGACCAUUUCGCUGCCGUGCUUAAGAAGCCGGGCUUCCGCCGUCUGGAUAUGACCUUGCUUGUCACAGAUGAUCUCGAGGAAGACUACGGAGCAUGCUGGCGGCAUCUGCUUAAUGGGCGGCUGCGCCAGGCACUUGGUGAAGCAAAAGAACUGGAAGAGUUCAGGCUAGAUGCAACAAUUGAUACGGCUCUCUACAGACGCGGCGGAUAUUCAGCGAUCCCAUUACAGGACCUUGUGCCUGUGGAACAAUGGCCAAAACUGCGCCAUUUCGGAAUCUCCGGCUUUGUUAUUUCACGGGAUAAUUGUGUCUCUUUGCUCAAGACGCUACCAAAAUCCAUUCGCUCCAUUGAACUUAGUACGCUGCACUUUAUCAAUGACGAUGAGAACUUGUAUGGACUGCUGGAAGAAAUCAAACGAAUGGUAUCGGAGGGCACCCUGUGGGGAGACCGGGAUGCGGGAUCAAGACCCAAAAUUACCAUCGGCGUGCCAAUCGGGCCCGUGAGCUGUGAUAGGGGACUCGGUGUAUGGAUUGAAAAGGAGGUAGAGGAUUUCAUCUACGGUGAAGGAGCAAAUCCUAUUAUGGACUGUGGUUACCGGUCCCGCCAGUGCGUCGACCGUCCAGUUGGUGUGGUGAGGGAUGCGUUGGAGCCUGGCUUUGAAUAUCCAUAUGCCAAAUGGUUACAGCGGAGAGAUGAUGCAGAUUCCUAUCGUUCUGAUCCAGAUUCCUAUCGUUCGGAAUAUUAUGACUCCAAUGAAGACUGA